GAAGAAGAAGAAGAAGAAGAAGAAGAAGAAGAAGAAGAAGAAGAAGAAGAAGAAGAAGAAGAAGAAGAAGAAGAAGAAGAAGAAGAAGAAGAAGAAGAAGAAGAAGAAGAAGAAGAAGAAGAAGAAGAAGAAGAAGAAGAAGAAGAAGAAGAAGAAGAAGAAGAAGAAGAAGAAGAAGAAGAAGAAGAAGAAGAAGAAGAAGAAGAAGAAGAAGAAGAAGAAGAAGAAGAAGAAGAAGAAGAAGAAGAAGAAGAAGAAGAAGAAGAAGAAGAAGAAGAAGAAGAAGAAGAAGAAGAAGAAGAAGAAGAAGAAGAAGAAGAAGAAGAAGAAGAAGAAGAAGAAGAAGAAGAAGAAGAAGAAGAAGAAGAAGAAGAAGAAGAAGAAGAAGAAGAAGAAGAAGAAGAAGAAGAAGAAGAAGAAGAAGAAGAAGAAGAAGAAGAAGAAGAAGAAGAAGAAGAAGAAGAAGAAGAAGAAGAAGAAGAAGAAGAAGAAGAAGAAGAAGAAGAAGAAGAAGAAGAAGAAGAAGAAGAAGAAGAAGAAGAAGAAGAAGAAGAAGAAGAAGAAGAAGAAGAAGAAGAAGAAGAAGAAGAAGAAGAAGAAGAAGAAGAAGAAGAAGAAGAAGAAGAAGAAGAAGAAGAAGAAGAAGAAGAAGAAGAAGAAGAAGAAGAAGAAGAAGAAGAAGAAGAAGAAGAAGAAGAAGAAGAAGAAGAAGAAGAAGAAGAAGAAGAAGAAGAAGAAGAAGAAGAAGAAGAAGAAGAAGAAGAAGAAGAAGAAGAAGAAGAAGAAGAAGAAGAAGAAGAAGAAGAAGAAGAAGAAGAAGAAGAAGAAGAAGAAGAAGAAGAAGAAGAAGAAGAAGAAGAAGAAGAAGAAGAAGAAGAAGAAGAAGAAGAAGAAGAAGAAGAAGAAGAAGAAGAAGAAGAAGAAGAAGAAGAAGAAGAAGAAGAAGAAGAAGAAGAAGAAGAAGAAGAAGAAGAAGAAGAAGAAGAAGAAGAAGAAGAAGAAGAAGAAGAAGAAGAAGAAGAAGAAGAAGAAGAAGAAGAAGAAGAAGAAGAAGAAGAAGAAGAAGAAGAAGAAGAAGAAAGUUGAACAGCAUCAACAACAACAACAACAACAACCAAAGAAAUAGAAAAAAAAAUUAUACAGUGCAAUGUGUGUGUGUGUGUGUGUGUGUGUGUGUGUGUGUGUGUGUGUUCACCAGGUACCUUUCAACACUACCACCACCACCACCAUCACCAUCUGCUCGGUCUCCAGCCUCCAGAACGAACAUUCUUUUAAUUCACACAUCACAUUACACAUUUUCUU